UAUUUCUGUGGAAUUCGUUCAGACACAUAUAUUUACUCGUCUAAGUUGGAUCGUUCCUUUUCGAUUCCAAAAAUUCAUAGCAACAUGGCGCGGUAUUCUCGAAUUAACAAUAUUCCAAAUCUGCGCUAUAUGGAUCGAGAAGUCCGUAGAGCGGCGGAAAUACUUCGACCCUUCGAGAAUCAUCUACAUGCUAUACAGGAGGAGGAGGAACCUGCUGUGGAAGUGGCUCCGCUGCGUUCAAGGGGCUCCCAAGUGAAUGCUGCGGACUUGCAGCAGCAGGGGGCAAGGGCCGGAGGUGAUGCCACUGCAUCUGGCUUGCAAUCUCGUGCCCGCCGUGAAAAUAAACGCCUGGCACCCUUCACGUGCAACGAAUGCCACCAGUAUGUCCGCGGCGGUGUGAUCACCAUCUGUGGUCACCUGUUUUGCUGGACAUGCCUGUGGCCCAAGGUGGCUGAGAUUAGGUUUCCGAGGUGCCCGCUGUGUCGGCGCCGCUUGGUCCUGUACGAGGACAUAGUGCCGUUCCACGGUGAGGGACCCCAGGCCGCCGAGGCCGACAACGAUGUCCUGGCCGAGCCGGGAGCAGUGCCCCGUCCCACGGGGCUGUACCUCUGCGACGCCAAGAUACCCAACUGGUUCGUGGUCGAUGACCCCAAGGAUACGCCGAGACCAGCUUUCGAUCAGCACACCAAGGAGAGGGAUCUGUGCUCCGUGGUUAUGCGUCUUCCUCUGGAGCACCCGUGCUUCGCGGCUCAGCUGCGGUUCCUCCAGUGGUUCCAAGUGGGCUGCGCCAUCGUCGCGUGCCUGAUGUGGUGCAUCUUCUCACUGGCCUCAGGGCCAAGUGCUUUAUUUAUGCCCUAAAUUGUUACGAUUUAUUUGAUUGUUAACGGGCGGAUAAGAAUUCUGUAAUCGUUUGGAUAUGGUUUCUAGCUUCGCAAUAAAAUUAUGUAAAUGUA